AUGCUGGGCCAGAAGACGAACCUCAGCAAGCGCAUCCGUGAGAUGCGUGCCAGCAUAGCCUUGCAAGGGCAAGCAAGGAACUUGUACAGCAAGCCACAGGAAGAGAAGUUCACGCAGAACGUGGAGCGGCUGCCCCAGCUGCGAGAGGCGGUGCAGGAGGAUAUCUAUGUCCUGGGCCUUGCCCGCAAGCAUGAGCUCACCAUCGCUGAGGCUUGCGGAGCGGAGCAGCCCUUGGGCAUUGCUUUGGCCAGUAAGCCGUUGGAGGUGGCCCGGGAGAAGCUCCGGGCUGAAGUCUGUCGCCAGGUGAACACAUGCAACAUGCUGCUGUACCAGGUGGAGCAGCGGAGCCGGGCCAAGGAGCGGCUGCAGAGGCGGCUGCAGCAGCUGCAGGAUGUCCAGAGGGCCGAAAAGCAGCAGCAGGCACAGGUGGUUCGUACCCUGGAGGGCAACAUAGAGAAGAUGCAAACAAAAGUCCGCGCUGGGCAGAAGGUGACUGCCCUGUACGUGGCGGUGCGGGAUGCCCUGAGGAAGGAGCUGGCCCACCUGCCUCUGCACCUGGACCUCCUGAGUGAGACGGCCGAGCUGCAGCAUAGGGAGGUGGAGGACAUGGAGCUCAUGGCCUCGCGUGGGCUCAGAGCUGCUCGUGGAGCCGAGGAGCGCAUGGUCAGGACGAAAACCCAGGUCCUUGCAGAGAGGGAGCUCAGGCUCCGCACCCAGGCUGCUCAGAAAGAGCCCAGAGACGGAGGCUGGCUCAAGGAAGCAAAAGAAAGGGCUCUGAAAACGCAAGCCAAGCAUGACCUCAGCAGGGACUUCCUGAGCCUGCCCGCAGAGGACCCAGUGGUGGCUGCCAAACUGGAGGCCACCAAGUACCAGCUGCAGCGGGAGGCCUACGUGAGGGAGAAGAUAGAGGAGGCCAAGGAUGUGGUGCAGUGCUCCCGCCUCUGGGACAUCCCCAUCAGGCUCCAGGCACAGCAGAAGUCCCUGCUGGAAAUGGAGCAGUACCUCACAAGGGGGCUGGUGGAGGAGCUGAGGACGAGGCUGCAGCGGGAAGAGGCUCGGCUGGAACAGGGGCGAGCCCAGCUGCUGAGGAGCCAGGAGACGCUGCUGGACUUUGAAAACGCACUUGACAACCUCUUCGUCCGGCUGCGGGGCAUCACCGUGCCUGGCCAGGAGCAUCCUGUCAAGGCCAUGGCAGUGGACGAGAAGCUCCGGCAGUGUGAGCAGAAGCUGCAGUACCUGGUGCAGCGGGUGGCUGACCUGCCCCCCUCCAGCCACAGCGAGGAUGAUGAGACUUUUGUGAAGGUCAGGCAGCUGCUGGAGGAAACCCUCAUGGCCGAUCCACGGAACCGGAAGGUUUCCUUGGAGGACACGGGCGUGGGGCUCCAAGACGAUUUUGAUAUCCCUGACAACCACAGUGGCCUUGUCCUCACCAGAGAAGCCAUCAAGAAGCAAGGGCUGGACUUGAUCGAAAGCAAGAAGAAAAGCAAGAGGAAGUAG